AUGAGGAGAAGUGAAGUCCAUGCUGCAGAAUCUGUGGCAUGUCUGAAUCGAGCCCUGAACCAGUUGAAGGACAUCUGGGAAGAAAUAGGCAUUCCAGAGGACCAGCGACUACAGAGGACUGAUGUAGUCAAGAAACACAUCAAAGGCUUGCUGGACAUGAUGAUCGCAGAGGAGGACAGUUUAAGGAAGAGAUUGAUGAGCAGCAUAGAGUCCUGUCGCAAAGAGCUGGAUGUUCUGUGCACGGAGCUUCAACUAUCCCCCUUUGAGGAGGACGAGGGGAAGACGAUGCUGCAGCUGGAGAAGGACAUCCGGUCACGGCUGGAGGUGAUGAUGAAACAGAAGAGUCAGAGGGUUAAAGACCUGAAGACUCUGUACAAGCAGGACCGGGAGCUGUGUGACAUCAUGUGUUCAGUUCCCUUCUGUAUCGACAUGGACUCUGUCCCAUCCCUGGAACAGCUGGACAGCUACCACUCCUACCUGAAUGAUCUCACUAAAGAGAAGGAUCGUCGCCACGGUGAGUUUGUGGGUAUCAAGCGUCAGAUCAUUAUGUGUAUGGAGGAGCUGGACCAGCUGCCAGACACCAGCUUUGAGAGGGACGUGGUGUGUGAGGACGAGGAGGCCUUCUGUCUGUCCAGCGACAACAUCACAGCUCUCCAACUGCUGCUGGGACAGCUGGAGGAUCGCAAGACGGAGAACGAGCUAGUGUGUAGCUCCUACCGCGCUAAGAUCCAGGAGCUGUGGGAGAGGCUGCAGGUGCCCCAGGAGGAGAGAGAUGGCAUGUCAGAACACAUGGCCCAGUCCAGGACGAAGAACAUGGAUGCUUUACAAGCUGAGUGCCGGCGUCUGGAGCAGCUGAAGAUCAAGAACAUGAGCAAUGUGGUAGAAGCCAUCAGGGCCGAGGUGGCUCUGCUCUGGGAGAGGUGUUUCUACAGCCUGGAGCAGAGACAAGCCUUCACACCCUACUAUGGUGACGACUACACUGAGGAGAUGCUGAACCUACACCAGGAGGAGCUCCGGAGUCUGAAGAAGCACUACGAGGACCACAGGGAGCUGUUUGAAGGAGUAACCAGGUGGCAAGACAGCUGGACUCUGUUCCUACAACUGGAGAAAAAGGCAACGGAUCCUUCUAGAUUUAACAACCGAGGAGGGAACCUUCUUAAAGAGGAGAAGCAGAGGGCCGAGCUGCAGAAAAGCCUGCCGAAGUUGGAGAAGAGCCUGAAGACCCAGAUAGACCUAUGGGAGGAGGAGCAGUACAGAGAGUUCCUGGUUAACGGACAACGGUUCCUCCAGUAUGUACAGGAACAGUGGGAACUACUGCGGCUGGAGAAGGAGAGAGAGAAGAAUGAGAGACAACUGAAGAAGAACCAGCAGAUAGAACAAGACAUGCUGUACGGUACUGCUCAACGAACCCCCUCCAAAAGACGUCUUGCAGAGACCCCCACGCCUGGCAAAGCAAGAAAGCUGAAUGCAACUAGCAGUAUCUCCAGUUCUACUCCUAACAGCACCUUCCGCUCUGCCUUCGGCGGAACCAUGUGCCAGUCGCCCGUCCUCAGACCACCUAUGUCUGCCAGCAAGAUUCCUCUGAGGACCCCUGGUCGUGUUGGAAGAACCCCCCACACAGUGGAACGCAACAAGGAGAACGUCUCCCACCUGAACGAAGGAUUUUGUCAACAUUGAAUCCACCGCCAUUACCAGGUCUGUAUGAUUGGACAUUUACUUGACACCGUAACAAUCAGUGAGGCUCACCAUGCUAAGUUGCUAACCAAGGUUGCAUGCUGAAGUUAUGCCUACUUUUCAGCUUUGACUAACGGAGUGCAACCGAGAGCCUGGUCCGGUUCGGUUGGCCUAACCAUCUUGUGAGGAACAAUAUUCACAUUGAAGAUCAAACGUACACUGUUGAACUGGGCUGUGUUGCUGGGUUUUCAUAUGGACUUUUAUCACAAGGUUUUUAGUUAAACUAUUGUCACCUAGCCAUGUUAUUCUGUGUCUUCUAUCCCUCUUCACAUUUAUAAUAACCUUCUGGGUUUGUUUUUUUUGCACACUGCACAGGAAGUUAAAGGGAUGUUCCACUCACCUUCUCCAAGACAGAUUUUCCUUCCUGUGUUUUGUCCUCAUGUAACGUACAGGACCAGUAUGUACCGCAUGUAUGUUUUUGUAUUAGUAACUUUUUAUUCUCCUCCUCCUCCAGCGAGAUCUCUCAAAAGCUUCCAAAUCUAAUGUCAAGACAGGACAUCUGAACUCUACUGGCACUCGUCUCUGAGCUGAAGGAUCAGACAGAACCACACCUGACCCUGAAUCAUCUGACUGAAUUUCCAGGUUUCUGUCCGGGUCCAUUUCUGCAUGUCCAGAUGAAGGGAAUCUGUUAACACCUACUGAAUGUAACUGCAAUGAGAACAGGAACUUGCAUCCCUCUCUCGGAGUCUCUCAGCUCAAAUGUUCUUCUAACACUGCUGAGGUUUCACUUGUCGUCAUCUCUGAGGGCUCUGAACGACUACCGUGAUCCUGAAUCCUCCAUCUCUGAACUACUGCCGUGAUCCUGAAUCCUCCAUCUCUGAGGGCUCUGAACUACUGCCGUGAUCCUGAAUCCUCCAUCUCUCUGAGGGCUCUGAACUACUGCCGUGAUCCUGAAUCCUCCAUCUCACUGAGGACUCUGAAUGACUACCGUGAUCCUGAAUCCUCCAUCUCUGAACGACUACCGUGAUCCUGAAUCCUCCAUGUCUGAACUACUACCGUGAUCCUGAAUCCUCCAUCUGAGGGCUCUGAACUACUACCGUGAUCCUGAAUCCUCCAUCUCUCUGAGGGCUCUGAACGACUACCGUGAUCCUCCAUCUCUCUGAGGGCUCUGAACUAUACUUUCUGGCCUCAGGUCCUCCCAGUUUAUAUUGUCUGCGUCCCAUUUCUACAUGGAGAUGUCAACACCUACUGAAUGUACUGAACUCUACUCAUUUGUCCGAAGAUUUGUAUUAUAUUCAUUCUUCUCGAUUUUUAAGCUUCUCUGAACUGAAUGAAACGUUGGGAGGACUUGCUAGACCUAUGGAAAAACAGUUUUCAUUCAACUUUUAACAUCCUCUAUAUAACACUCCAAUUUAUUAUUUUUUUAAUCAUCCAUGUUGGUAGUAGAGUACAUUUGUGUACUUCUUAUGGGGGGCUUGUAGCAAAUGAUGAUCAUUCUGCCAUAUAAACAUUGGCUUUACACUAUAUUUUCAGUCACCUUUUCCAUUUUGGGGGGGGGGGGGGGGGGUACCACUGUGACAUCGCAAAGGUAUACUCCUUGACUGUUGGUGAUUUACAAACCGCAAUUAAAUAUUUCCAAAUGAG